AUGCCUCUUAUAUCUCAAGUGAAUCAAACCAAGCCGACUGUUCGUCUGGCCUCUGUUCUUCCUGCGAAUGUAUCGACUGUUGUAAAUGAUCAGAGUUCUUCAUCUGGGUUAGGCUAUCAUGUUCCUAUUGAAUCUGUUAUUGAUCGAAACACACAGAGAGUGCUUAUGAAUCCUCCACCUUCUCUAAUCCCCCAAUCCAUUCCUUUGGAAAUUCUUGAAUCCUCGAUGGAUCGAAAUCUGAACAAAUCGCAAAUCCCUGCUUCUGAUAAAGAUACUCAGAUUCCAAUAGUCAUUUCGAAUUCUCAAAAUCCUUCAGGUAGUCAAAAUCCUGCGUCUAAUAUUGUUUUUGGUUCCUUAAAUCUG